AUGGAACCGAAUAAGCGUUUGAAAAUGACAACAACCUAUAAAGACUACGACAUGGAGGAGCCAUUAACCUCAAAUGCCAGGCCGCUAAAGAAUUCUGUGAUUACAAUUAGAAUAAUAAAAUCGUUCCCAUAUAGAAAUGUUAAAAACAUAGUGCUGCAUGAUUACGAUCUUGCAGAGAAAACCGCGAGGGAUCUGUUCAAUGAUGUUUUAAACAAAAUCCAGAAUGAAGGUUCAUUAAGACCCUUCCGUAAUGUUGCAUAUGACACUCUAAAAAUAUAUACUCAUGCACACGGUUCCAAGACGGUUAAUCUUGUUAUUAACUUCGACCACGACGACGACUGGAUUUUAGACUUGGAAGACGACAAGAAGAAACUAUUCAAAUAUGGGAUUGAGAAUGAAACCGAGCUGUCAUUGUUCAACAAGGAUGAUUACCUCAGGUUUAAGGAAAAUCCAGAAGAAAAAUGGUGA